AUGAAGAAGAACAAGCAGUGGGAUAUCAGAGGGGCUGUGGGCCUUGCAGCCUUCUUCCAUUUUCUGCAUUCUUUUGCCUCAGGAUGCCUUAUGCCCUUCCUCACGCUCUACUUCAGGCACCUCGGACUCAGUGCAUUCAUGACGGGCAUCAUCAUGGCUGCCAAGCACAUAGUUGCUCUGGUGUGGAGGCCUAUCUCUAGUAUCCUGGCCAGGCGCCAUAACAAACGGCGGACAGUCAUAACAGGGUCUAUUAUCUGUUCAACAGCAGUUGCUUUAACUCUUUUGCUCCUCCCUCCCAUGGAUAUAAACAUGGAAAGUGAAGGCUGUAAUAUCAGUCAGCAGAACAGCAGCCAUACGGCACUUGUAUUCGACCACACUACUGUGGAAUCCUGGACAGUCGAGCAAAAUUUGACUACUCCUACUCCUGUUGUGUAUUCAACAGAACAUAACAUUACUUCUACACUAGAUGGAAAUGAUACUAAUCCUAGACAUACAAUGCCAGCCAGUGUAUCAGCAUCCACCAAAAUCCAAGAUAUAAAUGCAACUCAAAAGUUUGAAACAGAUUCAAAUAAAACUAGCAACCAAACAGACCAAAAAGAACCUUUAGAAGUAAAAACUGCUCAGACCCCCUCUUCAAAACGGAGAAGUCGAUCCUUAAAUCAACAAGAUCAAAAGCAAAAGGAAACGUAUGUGACUUCCUUCGAGUUCCUUGGAAGUUUGAAAGUCAUGGACGUGCAGCAUCAGAUGUUUUUCCUGGUACUGAUUGUAGUAAGUCUAUGGGAGAUUACUGCUGUUCCUCUGUUGUGGACUGCCGAUGAUGGGCUACACGAGUACCUUGAUUUUGUGGAUUCUACUGACCGCCAUGGACUAGUUAAACCCUGGAGAUUGUUAGGCACUGCUGGCGGUAUGGGAGGCAGUGGUAUUCUAGUAACCAUUCUUUACUGUCUUGUCGGGCCUGUUUUGCAUUUUUACACCUAUGCUGUGCUAAUGGUUCUAACAGUCCCUGUUGCUGUGUUGUUACCACUUUACCGGCACAAACGUGAACGUGUUCCCAAAGCCAGCUUAAAGGCACUGCAACUGGUCAAAGCUGACUCGCGGGCACUGUUUUAUUCCAUAACUGCUCUUUUAACUGGCAUGGCAGGCUCAGUCAUAUUUGACUUCCUCUUGUGGCAGAUGCAGGAUCUUGGUGCCACGGAGCUACAAAUGGGAAUCACUUUGGCACUAACACCUUUAUGCCAGGCGGCUUUUUCUCCACUGAAUAUAAAAUUUACACGUUUAGUAAAAACCCACGAUAGGCUACUGCUGCUUGGAGUUCUUGGUCUGUCUCUACAGUGCCUUUACUAUUCCUUCUUGUGGACUCCAUGGGUUGCACUUCCUGCUCAGCUGCUGGCUGGACUUAGCACUGGUGUCCUCUGGUGGUCAUUAGAAGCACAGUGCAUGGACAUAGCUUCUCCAGGAACAGAGGUGGCAGUCCAGCGUGUUUUUGAAGCCCUGUAUCUGGAUCUUGGGGCUGCAUUAGGCAGUGUGGCGGGAGGGUUUGUGGUGCAGACGUUUGGGGUUAGGGUGCUCUUCCAGGGUACAGCAGUCAUGCUCGCACUGUGGUGCACCGCUUUGGCUGUUUUGCAGUGGAGGAUCCCACGUCAGCGCAGGGUUAACUACUCGCGCCUGCUGGCGGCGGACAGCAGUGACAUGAGUGAGUCAGAGUCGGAGCAGGAGACUGACUGGUUGGAGAAAGCCAUGGAGGAACAAUAACUGGAAAAAACUGGAUGAAUUAAGAUUGCUAAACAAUCUUUCACGAGUAUAUUAUGCCAGAAAUCCAGAUGCCUAAUCAUUAACUGUAAAAUGUAUUGAUCUUAUAAUGUGAAAGAGUUCAAGCAAGCCAGUAAGUUGAAAUCAAACACUCUGAUUGGUUCUUAAUUGCUAGAAGAACAAUACAGAAGCAUGUUACUAUAUGUUAUUUUGUGUUACUCUGCAUAUAUUUGAUGUC